GCACAUCAGACGCAAGAGCGAGCGAAGAGAGAUAUAGAGAGAGAAACAGAGCGGGCGAAGAGAGAGAGAGAGAGCUGACAAUGGGCGGUUGGGCAAUAGCGGUGCACGGCGGCGCUGGUGUGGAUCCGAACCUCCCCACAGAGCGUCAGGAAGAAGCCAAGCAACUCCUCACUCGCUGCCUCAACAUCGGCAUCUCCGCCCUUCAAUCCUCCCUCUCUGCCAUUGACGUCGUCGAGCUCGUCGUACGCGAAUUGGAAACCGAUCCCCUGUUCAAUUCGGGACGCGGAUCUGCACUGACCGAGAAAGGAACGGUGGAGAUGGAGGCGAGCAUCAUGGAUGGCUGCGGCCGGCGUUGCGGCGCCGUUUCCGGCAUCACCACCGUGAAAAACCCUAUCUCCCUCGCCCGUCUCGUCAUGGACAAAUCCCCUCAUUCCUACCUAGCUUUCUCUGGCGCCGAAGAAUUUGCGAAAAAACAGGGUGUAGAGAUGGUUGACAACGAUUACUUCAUCACCGAGGACAACGUCGGCAUGCUGAAAUUGGCCAAAGAAGCCAACUCCAUUCUCUUUGACUACAGAAUCCCACUGGAAUCCUGCGCGUCUGUGGUUGAGAAGCCUAUUAAGAUGAACGGGCUCCCAAUCAGCGUGUAUGCGCCGGAGACAGUGGGCUGCGUGGUGGUGGACAGCCAAGGACGGUGUGCAGCCGCCACCUCGACAGGCGGAUUAAUGAACAAGAUGAUGGGCAGGAUAGGAGACUCGCCUCUUAUAGGGUCUGGCACGUACGCAGGCAACUUGUGUGGGGUUUCGUGCACUGGGGAAGGUGAGGCCAUUAUCCGUGGGACCCUUGCACGUGACGUGGCGGCCGUGAUGGAGUACAAAGGGCUCGGGCUUCAAGAGGCGGUGGAUUACGUGAUUAAGAGUCGUUUGGAUGACGGGGGAAAGGCAGGCAUGAUUGCGGUGUCGAAUAAGGGUGAGGUGGCCUAUGGGUUUAAUUCGGUGGGGAUGUUUAGGGGCUGUGCUACUGAGGAUGGGUUCAUGGAGGUUGGUAUUUGGGACUAGGUUUGUUUGGUUGUCCUUUUUUCGUUGAUAUCCUAUUAAUUAAAUAGGAAAGGGAUGUGCUCGUGCAAGCAUCUUUGUUUAUUGGUGUGCUGAUGGUUAACACUGUGUUGUGUUAACUUUGUGUUUAGUGCAAUAAUAAAUUUUAUUAUUGGUGUGCUGGUGGUUAACACUUAACACUGUGUUGUGUUAACUUUGUGUUUAUACUUUAUUGCAACAAUAAAUUUUAUUAUUAGUGUUUAGUAUUCUCUCUCUUUUCUUCUUUCUUUGAUUGGGCUUGUGUAUUAAUCACAUCAAUACACUAAUUA